AUGAGGCCUUACUACUCUGGAUCUGAAAAUAGAACCCCAAAACCCCACUUUCUUGAUUCUUGUUCUCUCUGCCACCGACAGCUGAGCCAAAACAGUGAUAUCUACAUGUACAGGGGAAAUACACCAUUUUGUAGCCAAGAAUGCAGGCAAGAGCAGAUUGCAAUGGAUGAAGGUGGUGAGAAAAAAUUGAAGCUUUCAUCAAAGAGGUCUAAUGGAGUCAGACAGAACAAAGAUUCAGCUAAAGAAUCUGCUGGGGCCAAUGAAGCUGUAAGAACAGGAACAGUGGCUGUGGCCUAA